AUGUUCAAGGUGCCCGACUCAGACCCGCCGUCGACGCCCAAUUCGCGCCGCGACAAUGACCAUCCGUCGACAACACCCGCACACCCUCCACCGACCGGAUACACGAAUGCCUCCUUCACUCCAGCCGGCCCUCCACCUCCCAGCGUCUACGGCAGCUCGCUCUUUGACGAGUCUCGCAACACUUUCCACACCCACUCCAAAGCCCAGAAGCCUGCCUUCGCCGUGCCUAGCAGUCCACCGCGCAACCAUCACCAAGACUUCGACGACGACAUGGAUGCCGAUGGCGAGAGCAUACUAGACGACUACCCCAACAAUCAAUUACCCGCCUUCAAUUCUGCUUUUCCAUCUGCCUUCCGCUCAGUCAACAAGCCGACACAACCCACAGCUAUGCUCUCAUCACCCCGUGGUCUGAAGCGUUCACGUUAUGGCAAUGUCAUGGGCGAUUCCUUGCGUCAGUCUACCGGCCUGCGCAUCGACAAGGACAGACAGACUGCCAUUCCCGGCAUUGCAAAGAAGAUGGCUGCCAAACCCGCCCCACAACUGAACGAGAGCGACGAAUUCGUCUUGCGCACCGAUUCCCUCAUGGCCCAAUUGGACGCUGACACCAAACUCGCAAAUACACCUGUCGUUCCCAACCGUACAGCACAACAACUGGGUCAGCUCUGGCAAAAACAUGCCCAGGUCAAGUCUCAAUCGGGCUCCAUUGGUCCCAAAUCAAACUCUGGUCUCGACAAAGCAAACUAUCUGGCACAACUCGCCCUCCGUCUGCAUCAUCCCUUCUCCACAUCCACCAAUGCUCCUUCCAGAUAUCAACCUUCCAACGCCUACUCCAACCUUGUCAUGUCCUCAGACCACCCUACCUCGAUCCCGUCUGCCCUGCUCAAUUGGCUGAACACCUACCACAACCCCUUCCCUGAUGAUCUCACAGACGUCAUACGCCACCGUCCUACGCCCGUUGCCCAUGAUCGAUUCUGGGACAUGGUAUAUGCCUGCACGUUGCGCGGUGAUGUACUUAACGCUAUCAACUUAUUAGAAACUGCCGAUUGGUCACAAGCUGAAUCUGCAAUUGAAGAUGGUUACGAUGAACCUGGAUACUCGGGAAGCCACCUUCACGCUAUUCGUGAAGUUGUCAGCCGCUGCGUGGACCUCCUUAGCACCUGUCCUGCUGUCACCGAGAACGAUUGGGAUGUCAAGGGCUCUGACUGGACCAUCUUCCGCCACCGUGUUCGUCGCGAACUCCAAGAUCUGCAGGACUUUGCAGAAGCAGACAGUCGUGACAAGGACCAGUUUCCAGCGGCACCCUUUGGCAGAGUGAGCAUGAGUUUCAGCACCGCCAGCCGCCGAGCCGAGAGCAAGGUGCCUUGGCUCAUAUACGAGAGUCUGAAGACCUUGUAUGGUCAACUGCUGGGCAAGAGGGACGAGAUCAUGGUUGCUACUCAGGAUUGGUUGGAGGCCGUCAUCUUUCUCACUGCCUGGUGGGACGGUGAGGACGACGACGUCAUCUCGGAUGAUUUUGCUGCUAGCAGACGUUCCAUGCGCCAGUCACAGUCGAUGCGUCAAGUCGACAUCUCGCCUGUAUUUGCCUACAAGAAACAACUGCUUUUAGCUUUCGCCGCUACCACCGACAAACCUGAUGAAGAAGAGUUUUACCUCAAUACAGUCAACCCCGUCCAUGUCGGUCUUGCCUGCAUCUGUGAAGAUGACAUCCAGGGCCUUAUCGGCAUCUUGAAGUCGUGGUCUCUGCCUGUCGCUUCUGCUCUUGUUGAACUAGCUACUGUUGCAGGUUGGAUGCCCACUUCGGCAAGCAACAUCCUAGACGCGUUUGACCAAGACGACUUGAUGGUUUUGAAUCACGCCCAGCCAGCGCAGCCCGACUUGAUCAAGCGUGAUGAUGUUUUGAUACAAUAUGCCUCAGUAUUGGCCAAGAAGGAUUCAUUCAAGAGUGCGACUGGUAAACCUGUGCAAGAAGGCUGGGAUCUCGCUUGUCGUGUACUUGGUCGUCUUGAUAGCUUCGAGACAGCCGAAUCAAAGAUCUCGGAUGUGCUGAAUCAGAUCACCCUUGACUCGACGACGCGAGUGGAUAAGGUCCUCGCUGUUCUCAACGAGAUUGGUUUGCCUGAUCAGGUCCGCGAGAUCGCCGAGCGCUAUGCCGAUGAUCUGGCAGCUUCCAGUCAAGACUAUGGCAGCGCUUUGGUUUACUACGCACGUGCUCACGCCUCGCAAAAGCUUCGCAGUACCAUUGAUCUGCUGAUCUCAUUGUGUCUGGUGCAGAGUGCUGCCUUCCCUCCACAGGCAAUUAUCGAUCCGCAAUUAGAUGCUCUGCUCAACGAUCAGCAUGCCACUCUACAUCAGGUCGCACGCCAGGACGUUGCAGCUGCUCAACUACUUGCAUCCCAGCUUAGUGGUUACGCAACGCUGCGCCGCUUCUAUGACUUGCGCGAUGCAGAUGCUGCCAAAGACGCAGCAGAAGCCGAUGUUGAAGAUGACGAGGAAGCAGCGAGCCGCAAGCCUGGUAUGUUGAGACCUUUGGCCCGGAAACGUGAAGCAGCCAGAGCCUUGAUGGCUGUCAUCGAAUCUGCCGCAGACUCCAUCCGUGGUGGUUUAUACGACCCUGAGGCCCAGUCUGUAGUGCAGGUAGAUGCUUUGAUGACUUUGUUGUGUGAAGCAUUGCCUCUUAUGAAUCGUNNAAAAACAAAGCAAAUCUUGAAGACACCACACCUCCUUACUUUGAUUCGCGCAGUCGAAGACCUCGAAACGAUCACCCCUGGAAUUUACGCUCAGAACUCGGCUGUCUUCAACGCUGCAAUCAACACAUAUCUUUCAAACUCUAACACGCCUAGUACUGCUACACCACCAUCCUCAACGCCCGAUCUUAGCAAGUCAAUCGCAGGCUUGAAGCAGAGUGUGAGCUGGAAUAUGGUCAACAGCAGCGGCAGCAUUGCUUCCGAACAGAAUGGCAAUGGUGUCGAUUCCAGUGCUGGCGUGAUGGGAGGUAUACAGGUGAAGAGGGCUUGGGACUGGAGAGUUGGAGCUGUGUACAUGAAGGGCAAGAGCGUCAAACCCGAGGACGUCAUGAGAGUCUUGAGAUGCCAAGUGGCGAUCGAGAUGGGUAAGGUAUGGAUGUAG